AUAAGCUGUCAUUCAAGUGCUUCAUUCUGCUGUUAAGGUCAAUGGCAUUUACAGUAGUCAGACAAAAGACGACGCAUGGCAAACAAAGAAUGUGCCGACUGCUGUUUCUAUCAUUCGGCAGCCGGUCCUUUGUUUUGCCUAGAUGCAGGAGCUAUAAAAACGUUGUGCGAGAAGUCCAAGCCAACAACUUUUACACCAGACACGGCUCACAUACCAACAUGCAGUUGACCAGGUUAAUUGUAAUUGUGCUCAGCGCGCAGAUUUUGUUGCUGCUGUCGUCGCCGAUCGACGCCCGGACGCCCACAUUGGUACCCACGCCGGGACCAGUCACCAUUUUGCCCACGCGUUGGCCGCUGUGUCGGCUGCCCGCUGUUUGUGCUGCGCGUAGUCCGCGUGUCUGCGGCCGCGCUGAGGAUGGGAUGUGCCGUCGCUUCAGGAAUAUUUGCGAGCUGUUGGAGCUGAAUCGCCCGGAUCUGAGCAGCAGCAACCAGCUGACUUGGACGCACACGCAGGAGCGUGACUGCCGCACGGUGCGCGGCGUGGGUGCGGCAUACGCGACCUGGUGCCAUCAGGACUGUCCCAGGCGACCGGUGGCCUGUCGACGCACGCCCCGCUCCCAGGAGAUAUGCGUGCGUUCACGCAACCAUCAGCAGUGCAAGGUGAUGGCCAACCGCUGCCAGCUGCUAAACAACAACUGCCACUCGCGUCCACGCAACAAUUGGCUGCCGGCAGACAAGCGCCUCUGCGGCCAGAUGCAGCUGGGUGAUAAGCCGCGUGCCUGCGCACCGGUGCCGCUCACUAGGAGGCCCGAUGUGACCAUUAGGCCAGUGCUGCCCCAGCCGCCAUCUCGGACAACGACUACCACCCGCAGACCCAGGCUUGUGAACGUCACACUAACAGCUGGCUAA